AUGCAAGAUCAGAGAUUAAUACAAUUUUUGAUGGGAUUCAAUGAUGUUUAUGCACAGGCAAGAGGAAACAUCUUGAUGAUGAAUCCUUUGCCUGAGAUGGACUAUGCUUAUUCCUUUUUCUUACAAGAUGAAAGUCAGAGGGAAGUUUAUGCUAAUGCACAAUUUCCUAUUGACUCAGCUUCAUUCAUGAAAUCAGGAAAUGCAUCAAGAAAAUUCAAAGGGAGAAGAUCAAAGUAUAACCCAAAUGUGAGUUGUACAAAUUGUUUCAAAACAGGACAUGUUGAGGAUGGCUAUUAUAGGCUCAUAGGUUACCCUGAAGUCUUUGAGUUUACUAAUUCGAAAGAAUAUCCACGACCAGUCAAAGAAAAUACUGCAACAAGUGUUGAGGAGAUUCAAAGCACUAAGGGAGCAAACAGUGAUGUAAUCAAUAGCAGCCAACAUUUCAGCAAGGAACAGUGCACAGAAAUUGCACAAAUGUUCACAAAAUUUCAGAUGGGGCAAACAAUGGGAUCUAGGUCAGAGAUUAAUGCUAAUGUUGUUGUUGGUACAGUACUUAAAUAUUUAGGAAUAUGCUUGUCUGUUUAUGAUACUAAAACUUGGAUAAUAGACUCAGUAAACAGACUAUGUGUUCAACUCCAUUGUUAUAUCUUUUUCACCAUUUCAAAGUGUCCUUUGCAAGACCUUUCUUUGAAGAGGGUAGAAGUUUUUGGUGAAGUCAGAGAUGGAUUUUAUCUUUUGUAA